AUGACGCUCAGUCUCUUUUCAAUAAUAAACGUAUGGUCUCGAAAUAAACAAAACUAUGGUAAAAUUGGAGAGAUUGAGUGUAUCGACACGAAUAACGACUCAACACCUUCGACAAAUCCAUUCGCUAUUCGCACGAAUGAUUUAUAUAUUGGCACUAGCGACGGUUUUGUUCACAAAUUUCGUCUACGGGAACGAACCACCGAUGAAUCAAGGCCUUCGUCUCUCCAAGACAAAGGAUACGAAUGUCUCUGCAUUGCCAGUCAAAAUCUUGCAACACAUAAGCCUGUGAUGAAAGUCAAAGUUGUGACUGUAACUCUCCAUCGGUUGUUUACAUUAAGUGAUCACUGUGUCCAAAUACUUGAUAGCGAUAAUUUACAAUUGAUUCCAAAUAUGAAAUUGAAAAAUAUCUCCACGUUUGGAAUCUCAAGUGCAACUGAUCAAUAUCAAGGAGGAUACAUCGAUAUGUGUGUGUCAACGAAACGGAACAGAAUACAAAUCUAUCGACUAGAUAAGAACAACAUGAAUUUACGGUAUGAAAUGUCCGUUCAAGAUUCAUUUACAUCAGUUGCAAUGGAUGAUCGCGGCAUUCUAGCGUGUACAGAAGCAGAAUACUUUGCUUACAGUCCAUCAAGUGGUGCUGAUCGCCGAUCGAUCGAUUCAUUCAUUAGUAUAUUCAGGUUAGAUGAUCCUAAUAUACCAACAUGUUUCACAAAUAUCUCUCCAGGACAAUAUUUACUCAAUGGCCCUAAUGUUGGUGUGACUACUUCCCUACAAGGUAUGAGUCAGCGCGCGCCAAUAAUGUUUGUCAAUACACCGAUUGAGUUCAUCUAUUCUCAUCCUUAUUUAAUUGCUCUUGUUCGAGAGUCUAUUCACAUCUAUAGUUAUUUGGAUGAUCAACUCAAACAAGAAAUUCCGAUAAAAUUUUGUCGAACACUAACAAAUAUGCAACAGGAAAAUAUCAAGACUAUUAUAGUUACAAACAAAGAUAACAUUUACCUACUAGAACCAUUGAGUAUCGAGGAUCAAAUCGAUCAGUUAUUGAACAGUUAUCGAUUACAAGAAGCUUUAACAUUAGCUGAAAGUAAUUGUACAUCAAUUAAACAACGUCGCACAAAUCCAUUGGUUAUUUCUACUAAAAAACGUAUCGCCUUUGUUGAAUUCGGUGCUAUGAAUGUUGUUCGCGCAUUGACAUUAUUUGAUGAUAUUCAAAUUGAUUUCAACGAGAUUAUGACCCAAAUUCCCAAUUUCUUACCUUUGAAUUCGCCUUGGCCAACGAUAGAUGAGAAUCUUAUCACUCAAUAUUGCCAAUGGUUGAAUGCAUUUUGUGAUUACAUCAUCAAGCGCUCAGCAGAAUUCUCCCGUCAACCAAAUUAUUAUCCAGCUUUACUGAAAGCGUACAUUCUCACGAAAUCUCGCGAAAUACUGAAUGAUUUCCUCGAACUACACGCGUCUCAAAUCCCUGCUGAAUAUUGUAAUAUCCUCCUUGAUGCGAAAUGUUAUCAUGCUGCCGCUUUACUCUCUUCUGCUCACGAAAAACACGAGCAAACUGUGAACAUCUGGAAGAAACUUGUCUCGAAUGAAUAUUCUCACGAUGAGACAUUUCCAGGCGUUUGGAUCCUGGCUAAGUAUAUCAUGGAAAAAGACAUCGAUCGAUCGGUAGCGUUUUCAACAGCUGAAUGGCUGUUAGAACAACACGAAGAAGAAUUAGCGUUGAAGAUAUUUACCAGUCAACAUCGAACUGAAGCAAAAACUGAUCCAUUUUGUACAGAUCGAGUGAUUGGUGCGAUCAGAAAGUAUUCCACGAUGUUAACGCUGUACUUGGAACAUGUAAUAUUCAAGUUGAAGAUUGAGUCGGAACAAAUUCACACAAUGCUGGUGAACAUCUAUCUUGAUCAAGUUUUAUCGAAGUCUGAUGAUGCCAACGAACAAAUUCGCUCCAAACUUCAAACAUUUAUUAUUACAUCUAAUUCAUAUCGCGUCCAAUCGGUGCUAAAUCGGGUCAAUCAAUCGAGUCGAUUACGUCGAGAAGUCGCUCUUCUCCAUGGCAAAAUGAACCACUUCGAUCAAGCUUUUCAAAUUCUUAUCGACGAACUGCAAGAUUUCGAAUACGCCGAAGAUUAUUGCAUCGCUCUAUCUCAAGACAAAUCCAGUGGCGAUCGGAAGAUCGUUGCUCAUAUCUUAUUCAAAGUUCUUCUCAAUUCAUUAAACAAAAAUUCCGAGAAAAUCACGACGGUGAUACUUCAUCUUCUUAACAAUACUGAAAUUGAAUUUGAUUUUAUCGAAGUUUUACAACAAUUGCCAUCACACUGGCCUCUUACUUCCUUAUCUCACAUUCUCCUUCGUGCCCUACGUACCUAUUCCUAUGUUCAACGUUCGAGUAAAAUCGAAUUAGCUUUAACUCGCGUUCAGAAUCAACAGUUACGGUUUCAAUUCAGUCAAUUAAAAUUGAAAAAUACACUCGUUAACGAGCAUCGCCAAUGCCAUCAUUGCUGUCAACCAUUUCACGAAACAUCAUGUGUACUUUAUCAAGAUGGUCACCGAGCUCAUGUUCAUUGUGCCAAAAAGUAUCACCAGAAUCAUUAA